AUGGCAGACAAUUGGGACGACGACGAUUUCGAGCCCGAGGUAUCCACAUUAAAACGUGUGGAACCCGCACCGGAACCCGUCAAACCCGUCGAUGUGCCUGAAAAGAAGACCGCCGCCGCCGCCGCACCAACAACUCUGAAAAAAGCGCCAGCGUUCGCAAUGGAAUCUCUCGGAAGAGAGCUAACGGCCGCCGAGAAAGAGGCGAUUCAGAAGCAGAACGAUUUAGCGUUGGCUCGUGAUUUGUUCGGUGACGAUGAUGGUGAUGAGGCGAAGAAAUACGAGAAUAUCACAUCCAAAGCCGAUUUUGAGUAUUGGGGAGAACGUGUCGGACAAUUCUUGGCUUCCCGGAAUAAAGCAGCCAAUUAUGGAGAUAUGAUUGGACGACUCUUGGGAAGUAUCACCGAGAAUUUGACACCUGCCGAUAUCCAAAAGAUGAUCACCUACCUUCAACAAAUCAGUACUGCUAAGAAGACCGCCGAAAAGAUUAAAGCGAAAGCGACACCUGCCGCCGCUGCACCAUCUGCUGCUGGCAAUAAAAAGGCAAAAGCGACGCUCAAGGUUACUAAAGGAAACGACAACAUGUACGAUGACUACGGUGCAGAUGACUUCGACGACUACGAUGAUUAUUGA